AACAAUGCAUAUUGUGACAUUUCGGCCCCUACAGAUCGAGUUCAUGAAUGACGUCGUAGAUAGACUACCUUUUAGUCUUCUCUAGCACGAAGGAAAAGUGUACGUUCAGAUAGCUACUCUGUCGUACAUGAUAUCAUUGGCUGUCUCACGCUUUCAAAUUACCUUUUUUUUUUUCUUUUACAUUUCUUCUUUUGUGCCCACCCAAAAUACAACACUGAAGUUCUUUUAGUAAAGCACCGUUUUCGCCACCCCUCCCUAUUAUUAUUUUAAAGAUUCAUCGUUGUCAAGCCGCCAAAGUGGAGAGUGUGAUUGCAGAAGGGGGUGCUUCUCGUUUCAGAUUAAGACCGUGGAUAUUAUGCAACAAGAAUGGCUUCAACAAAGCAAAAUCAAGGAAAAUGCUUCUUCGGGAGGAGGAGGUGUUAGGGGUGCACCUCAGCACAAUCCCAAGACUGUCGGCAACAGCGAGUUCCUGGGGAAACCCCCAGGGCACAGCGCUCCGAAAUGGGUUCCUUCACGAAGCACUAGACGAGAUGCCAACUCCAGCAAUGAAAAAGAGCGACACGAUGCAAUCUUCAGGAAAGUGAGGGGCAUACUCAACAAGCUCACGCCUGAGAAGUUUGACAAGCUAUGCCUUGAGCUACUCAACGUGGGCGUAGAUACAAAACUCGUCCUUAAAGCAAUCAUCUUGCUGAUUGUAGACAAAGCCCUAGAAGAGCCCAAGUAUAGCUCGCUCUAUGCUCAGCUAUGUCUGCGUUUGGCAGAGGACGCACCAAACUUUGAUGGCCCUUCAUCCGAAAUCCAAACAUCCCAAAAGCAGAGCACUACCUUCAGAAGACUUCUAAUUUCCAAGCUUCAAGAUGAAUUUGAAAACCGCAGCAGAAAUGUUGAAAUCUAUGACAAACAUGACAACCCUCUUACUUCUGAGGAGGAGGAGCAGCGUGCCAUUGCCAAGAUCAAGAUGCUUGGAAACAUUAAAUUCAUCUCGGAACUUGGCAAACUCGACCUCAUCCAUGAAUCUAUCCUUCAUAAGUGCAUCAAAACACUUUUGGAAAAGAAGAAGAGAGUCCAGCUCAAGGAUAUGGGGGAGGAUGUGGAGUGUCUCUGUCAGAUAAUGAGAACAGUGGGCCCUAGACUUGACCAUGACAAAGCUAAGUCUUUAAUGGACCAGUACUUUGGCCGUAUGCUAUCCUUAAUGAACAACAAGGAGUUGCCUGCCAGGAUCCGCUUCCUGCUGCAGGACACGGUGGAGCUGCGGGACAACAACUGGGUCCCCCGCAAAGCAUUCAUCGACAACGGACCAAAGACCAACAACCAGAUCCGCCAGGAGGCAGUGAAAGAUUUGGGUGUUUUCAUUCCAGCGACCAUGGCCCAGGGGAUGAAGAUGGACUUCUUCUUGGAAGGCCCCUUCAUGCCCAACCGCAUGAAAAUGGAGACUCUCGGGGGAUUGGCUGACAUGUUUGGGCAAAUGCCAGGCGGUGGGAUCGGGACGGGCCCGGGGGUCAUUCAGGACCGGUUCUCUCCCACUAUGGGACGUCAUCGCUCCAAUCCGCUCUACAACGGCAAUGGACACAACAGCCACAACACCGCCCCCCAACCACAGUCUCAGUUCGAAAUGGGUGCCAACAAGCCCUUCAUCAAGUCCAACCAGGUGCAGAAUCUGCAUUUCCAGAACCAGCCGGUCCAGUCCAACAAGGACAUGCCUCCACGCUUCAGCAAGAAGGGACAACUGAACCUAGAUGAGAUCAGCCUGAGACCGGCUCAGUCUUUCCUCCUCAACAAGAACCAGGUUCCCAAAUUGCAGCCCCAGAUGCCCACUAUGAUCCCCCCCAGCACCAACACCCCUCCAAUGGGACAGUCUCCACAGCUCGGCCUCAAAAGCAACCCUCUUCCCAUUCAGGAGAAACCUCUGAAGAGCAGCAAGAAACCGCCGCCGGCUAGGGAAGAGCUGCUAAAAAUAACGGAGACAGUUGUGACAGAGUACCUGAACGGUAAGCACAUUGAUGAAGCUGUUAAUGGCAUCAGAGAAAUGAAGGCUCCCAAGCAUUUUCUGGCAGAGUUGCUGGGUAAGGUCAUCGUGGUGUCGCUGGACCGGUCUGACGACGACAAGGAGCACGCCAGCACCCUCAUCCACACGCUGCGUACCGAGGGCCUCAUCACCGGGGAGAACUUCAUGCAGGCUUUCCUCAACGUGCUGGACCAGUGUCCUAAGAUCGAGGUGGACGUUCCCCUGGUCAAGUCGUACCUGGCCCAGUUUGCAGCACGGGCCGUUAUAUCUGAGCUUGUGAGCGUGGCGGAGCUGGCCCAACCACUGGAGAACGGAACCCACUUCCCCCUCUUCCUGCUCUGCCUGCAGCAGACUGCCAGACUCAAGGACAAGGAGUGGCUCACUGACCUCUUUCAACAGAGCAAGGUCAACAUGCAGAAGAUGCUACCCGAGAUAGACCAGAACAAGGACCGCAUGCUGGAGAUCCUGGAGGGUAAGGGCCUGAGCUUCUUGUUCCCCCUGUUGAAGCUGGAGAAGGACCUGUUGCUGCAGAUCAAGGCUGACCCCUCUCCCCAGGCCAUCUACAAGUGGAUCAAAGACAACAUCUCCCCCAAGCUCCACACCGACAAGGGUUUUGUCAACAUCCUCAUGACCAGUUUCCUGCAGUACAUCUCAGGGGAGCUGUGUUGUGUGGAGGUGGUGGAGGAGGAGGAGGAGGUGGUGGAGGAGGAGGGCAGUGGUGGAGAAGAGCAGGUGGCAGGGCCCUCCAAAGAACAGCUUGACCAGGAGAAGCAGCUGCUGCUGUCCUUCAAACCAGUCAUGCAAAAGUUCCUACAUGACCAGCCUCAGCUGCAGGUCUCCGCCCUGUACGCCCUGCAAGUGCACUGUAACGCCAGCCACUUCCCCAAAGGCAUGCUGCUGCGCUACUAUGUCCACUUCUACGACAUGGAGAUCAUUGAAGAAGAAGCCUUCCUAGCAUGGAAAGAAGAUAUUACCCAAGAAUUCCCUGGAAAAGGAAAAGCUUUAUUCCAGGUCAACCAGUGGCUAACCUGGUUGGAAACAGCUGAGGAAGAGGAGUCUGAAGAAGAGGCCGACUGAGAAACCAACCAGAACCGUCAGGCACCAUAGAGCAGAGAAACAUACUUUAACAUUCAGUACAGAUAUGUUACCACCAUCACCUCCCCCCAUUAUUAAACUACUGAACAUAACCACUGCCAGAGACUGCUUAUGUCCUGCAAUAUAAAGCCAAGCAUGUUAUCAGGGCAUAGUAGAUAACCGUCUGUCUCUGUGGUCUAGAUAGGCUACUGAAGCUUCUGUUUUUAUAGUACCUUCCAUUUCACCUUAAAGGUUGAUUUGUUUUGGGUCCUGUUUCUGCAAUAGGAGUUGAAUGUAGCCUAUGGACUGACUCAACCUACAAAAGUACAGAUGUAGUUUUUCUCCUACUGUGACAAUGGAGUUAGUUUUGCCAUAUUUACUCAUUGUGACAGCAGUAUUGCAUUUCCUCGUGGUAUUAUUUCUAAUCCCCUUUGAAGAAAAGGCUUGUAUUUGACACCUGUUUUAGCCUUCAAGUAAUUCCCCUAAAGGCCAUCCAAAGGAUGCCCAAUCUAGACAGUGAGUUAACUUUAGUAAAACCAUGGAUUUUGUGGGCUUGGUCAACCAACGCUUAUCUGAAAUACAUUCUCCCAUUAUUUUUUUUAAACCAAAGUGCUCUUCAAUGCCCUUUCACUGAUGAGGAACAUGUUACAUUUUGUGUAUAUGGGGAACCUAUUCCUCUCAAGCAAAGCUGUAGACUUAAUACACACACAUCCUUCUGUCAUACCUGAGUGGCUGCAAGGCUCCGUUAACAUGGAAUCAUAUAAACUGUAAGUUAAUCAUUGGUGUGCUGCCGUAACAUUUCAAAAGUUGUCUGUUUCUACCUCUUAGUUAGAUGGGCUUUGUGUUUUGUGCUGGGAUACAGAAGAUCCUUUUUAGAGAGACUUGUACUAGAAAGCAAAUGCAGAAGUCUUCGAAAUGAAUAUCCUGGUCUACUUCCACAAUACAACCUUGGAUUGGACUUCCAAUGGAGCUCCCCUUAUGCGGUUCACUAGUGUUUAAGAACGUAAGAAAGUCACACUUUUUAACUUGAAUUGGAUAACUCAAGGUUGUUUCCCGGUCCCUUUUGCCUGCAAUUUAUGUCAAAGUUGGGGGUCAGGAAUAUAUUCUCCCCAGCAUAUUGAGUUUAUGAAAGUAGAAUGAUAUAUUUGAUUUGUUUCGCAAACCAGAAAUUUGGAACCAAAUAAAUGUUAUCCUGUCUUUAUUGGUGAAUAAAGGUUAGAGAAAGUAAUCUUGCUUCGGUCGUCCCCUUGUAGAACAGGAAAAAAUGCUCAACAGACCAGUAACUCAAGUCUUAAUGAAAUCAUGAGAAAUACAAUUUUAAAUUUGCCCAACAAGAUUAGCAAAUGUGCUCUCAUGCCAUGUGUAUUUAGAAAGCAAUAGAUUUUGAUCAUGUUGUAUUCAAGGAAUGACUAUUGUGCACCUAUUGCAUAACUGUCAAUAAAGUCCAAUACUUGAGCACUGAAA